AUGCUCUGCAUUGUCUUUGGACUUUCUCUGCUUGAUCGAACAAACAUCUCCGCGGCAUAUAUUGCAGGGCUUGCGGAAGACCUGAGGCUUGAUAUUGGAUCUCGGUAUAACAUCGCCCUGCUGAUUUUCUUCGUGCCCUACGCACUGUUCGAACUCCCUUCCAAUUUCAUCAUCCGUCGACUGGGAGCAAGGUACUGGCUCGGCUUCCUAAUCACAUCAUGGGGCGCGUGCGUGCUGGGUAUGGGCUUUGUGCGCAGUUGGCAAGUCCUCACUGUGCUGCGAGCGUUGCUGGGAACCUUUGAGGCUGGGUUGUUCCCCGGAGCAAUUUAUAUCAUCGGGUCCUGGUACCGACAAUACGAAACUGCAAAACGCGUGUCAACAUUCUACAUGGCAUCUCUUCUAUCCUCUGGGUUCGGUCCUAUUUUUGCCUACGCCCUCUCCCUGAUUCGGGUCGGCGACGGCAUGUACGCGCGCGGCUGGCGCUGGAUUUUCAUAAUCGAAGGCACCGCAACCAUCGUCGCCGGUCUCAUCGCACCAUUCUUCCUUAUCGAAUUCCCGGAGAAAGUGAAAUUCCUAACCGUGCGCCAAAAACAUAUCGCAACUGCCCGGGUCAGUCUUGAAAAGCAGAGUGGGAAUGGGGAGAUAGAGCAUCCGACGUUUAGGCAGAGUUUGGGGAUGCUGUUGGACUGGAAAAUUGGCGUGUACUCAAUCCAAUACUUCGUAGCCGCCUCUUCCGUCUAUUCCCUCGCCUUCUUCCAACCCAUAAUCCUGCGCAAAGGUAUGGGUUUCUCUUACGCCCUCUCCCAAGUUCUCUCCUCCCCUCCCUACAUGUUCGCCAUCUUAGCAUCCCUCCUCUGCGCCUGGCUGUCUGACCGCAUAAAACUGCGCUAUCCUAUCCUCAUAUUUCAAUCUCUCACUGCCGUCGUUGGCCUGCUGGUGAUUUUGUAUGCGAGGCCACCGGGAGUGAGAUAUUUCGGGUUGUUUUUAGCAACUUUUGGGACGCAGGCGAAUGUCCCAGGGAGCUUGGCGUACGGCCAGAAUCAAACGGCCAGAGUCCAGAAAAGAGGAGUUGUUGCGGCCGCUAUGAUCAGCGUAGGCGCUGCGGGCGGCAUCACUGGAUCUACCAUCUUUCAGAGCAAGGAUGCGCCGCUAUAUCUCCCAGGCAUGUGGGCGACAAUAAGCAUGCAAUUACUGUAUUCGAUUGUCACGUUCUGUAUGUCUAUGUACUUUAAACGGAUGAAUCGGCUUGCGGAUGAGGGGAAGAAACCGUGUUUGGAGGGCGUUGAAGGGUUUCGGUAUGCGCCUUAG